CCAAAAUGGGCCAAAAAGUGUAGCCCAGGAGGGGCGUAAUGAGAGUCCUUUUUAUAAUUCGCUAUCACUCAAAACCCUAGUCUCUAUUGUCCAGCAGCACAGAGGUUAGAAGAGCAGCACAAGUGAUUCAAUGGGGGCUUACACUUAUGUGUCGGAGCUAUGGAGGAAGAAGCAGUCAGAUGUUAUGAGGUUCUUGCAAAGGGUGAGGUGCUGGGAGUACCGCCAGCUCCCAUCUAUCGUCCGUGUCACCAGGCCUACCCGUCCUGACAAGGCACGCCGCUUGGGAUACAAGGCCAAGCAGGGCUAUGUCGUUUACCGUGUUCGUGUGAAACGUGGAGGAAGGAAGAGGCCAGUUUCCAAGGGUAUUGUGUAUGGUAAACCCACCAACCAGGGAGUCACCCAACUGAAGUUCCAGCGCAGCAAGCGAUCUGUUGCUGAGGAGCGUGCCGGAAGGAAAUUGGGUGGUCUUAGGGUCCUCAACUCUUACUGGAUUAAUGAGGAUUCAACCUACAAGUACUUUGAGGUAAUAUUGGUUGACCAAGCCCAUGCUGCUAUUCGCAACGAUCCAAGGAUCAACUGGAUCUGCAACCCAGUGCACAAGCACAGAGAAUUACGUGGUCUCACUUCGGCUGGUAAGAAAUACAGGGGACUCCGUGGAAGAGGACAUCUCCACCACAAAGCUCGUCCUUCAAGAAGGGCAACCUGGAAAAGGAACCAGACUUUGUCUCUCCGCCGUUACCGUUGAUCUGCUUGACCUUCUUGAGAGAUUGUCGCUUUCUUUGUUUUUUGCAUUAUCUGGUUUUAGCCCUUUAUCAUGAGACAUUCAGCUGUUUACAAUUUUGAACAACUAGUUUUGUAUUGGAGUAUCCAUUGCCUGCAAACUCAAACAAUAGACGCAAGUAAAUUUUGUAUUGAAGUAUCCAUCUUGUUGCUGGUAUAGGGUUGAUUGCGAACUCAAACAA